AUGGAGCAGAAUGUACUGUCUUUCUCUGGGACACUUUACCCACUUACACGAUUCAAUAUGGUUAAACUCUUCGAUCAAAAGCGGAACUGUUUCAAUACCGACGCCAAGUAUACAUGGUCUACCAUCGGGGUAAUUUGGGGGAUCUCGGGAUGGACGGACUUUUCCAUUGCUCAAAGGAAGGUGGAUAACUCUAGAAUGAACGUUUUGCGUAUUAUCGAUAGUCGGGGAGAUUUGCGUAUUGUCGAUAAUUGUGGAGAUUCGCAUAUUGUCGAUAGCUGGGGAGAUUUGCGGAUUUUCGAUAGCUGGCCGGCUUUGGACAUCAUGGUCAAUAGUUGGCGAGAUUUGCGUAUUUUUGAUAGCUGGGGAGAUUCGCGUAUCAUCGAUAAUUGUGGAAAUCUGCAUAUUUUCGAUAGCUGGCCGGCUUUGGGCACAAUGAUCAAUAGUUGGCGAGAUUUGCGUAUUGUCGAUAGCUGGGGAGAAUUGCGGAUUUUCGAUAGUUGGGGAGCUUUGCGUAUCACAGUCAAUAGCUUGCGGGCUUUGGGUAUUAUGGUCAAUAGCUGGUGGGGUAUCAUCAUCAAUAGCUUGUGGGCUUUGUGUACCAACUUCGAUUGGCGAGUUUUGCGUACUAUUUUUAAUUGGCAAGAUUUGCGUAGUUGGCAGGCUUUGCUUUUGAUUCAUCAUAGAUUUGAUUGUUUCAACAAGUUCUCUAUGAUUUUCUUCUUGGACUCUCAUAGUUUCUUCAUGAAUCCACAUAGUUUCUUCAUAGUACCUCUUAGUUUCUUCAUGGAUUCUCCUAGUUUCUUCUCGGUACUUCCUAAUUUCUUCGCAAAAAGCAUGAAUGCUUUUGCUCCUCUCUUCGUAUUCCGCCUCAAUCGUACCGUGUCUUCGACGUUUCCUUUUUUGAAUUGUAUCAUUAAUGUGAUCCGUCAUUUCCCUUAUCAAGAAAUUAAUUAA